GGGGAAGUGAAGGGGAGCGGUUAAGACUGUCGACUGACCUGAAUAUUCCCUUUCAUUUGUUCUCUUGUCAUUUUCACCAUGAUAAAAAUAUAUGCAUUCUCUUGUCUUCUUUCUGCUCUGAGUAUUGUGGAGGUGAAGCUUCUCAUCAUAAACGGUCAUGUUGGGCAAGAUGUGACAAUCCGAUGCUCUGGCUGGAAAAUUUGGACCAAUGAAAAAAAAUAUGUUAAGUACUUUUGUGACAGUCCAUGCACGGGAGACUCUCACAUCAUCGCCAAAGCAGCAUAUGGAAAAACUACAUAUAAAAACAGAAUACAGUUAAAAAACAGAGGAAAAGGCUUGUUUGUGACCUUCACAAAUCUCCAUAAGUCAGACUCAAAAACAUACUUUUGUGGAUUGGAGAGAACUGGCGCUGAUUCAUUUAUAAAGGUGUUUCUUCACGUCAUAGAUGCUCCGAUCCCCAGUCCCAAGACAACUCCAAAAACAGUCAUUGUUGGUUCCACGAUGUCUUCAAGCAGCUCAGAUGUUACUGACAUGUCUUCGUCAUACACGACCCUCAAUACAACAGCACCAACAGAAAAACAAGGAUCUGGAGGAAGUGUACCAUAUUUGGUUGCAGGUGUCAUCGCCAUAAUAAUCAUACUGAUGGUCUUACUGAAGCUUAUUAACAAGAUGAUGAAACAUCAAAUGAAAGUUGAGUCAAGUGCUGAUGUGCGUCAAGAAGAUGCACAAGAGGAUGUACAAUAUGAUGAAAUAAGACCUGAAGACCAGACUGACCCAGACGUCCUCUAUGCUAAUUAUUCCCACCACCAAGGAACACAAUUUGCAGCUGAGAGCCGUAAUAGCAACUCAAACGAUCUUUAUUUAUUAAAUCUACCUUCCAGGUCUGUGGUCGAUUCAAGGGGGGCGAGUACGGAGAGCAAAGUCACAAAUGACUUGCUGUACUCUGUUGCUCAACUUCCCAAAAAGAAAACUGAACCCACUGAAAAUGAGCCUCUCUACUCUCUGGCCCAGACACCACAAGCAACCUGAAGCUAUUGUGGUCAAAAAUGCAUAAAAACUUUCUCGAUCAUUUUAAUUCUAUUUUUAUGGAAAGAGCUAUCAUAUAAUAACAGACAGGAGAGAAAAGAGAAGGAAAGGAUACAAUUAUGUUCAUAUCCAGACACAUUUUCACUGCCCUCUAUCCUGUCACUACGUCUGAUGACCAUUGUCUGCUUUAUGAAUCCAUUACUUUAUGAAUUUGGCAUCAUGUUAGCUAAAGGCACUCAGACAAAAAAGGGGAAACAGACUUAUUCUCAUGGAAAUGUUGCACAUAAAACUUUGCAACAGAAGUCUCCUUCCUUUGUUCUGCUUGUGUACACACACACACACACACACACACACACACACACACACACACACAAAUCACCAACAGGAAAUUGAUGCACCCUGCCAGUAACAGCUGUGGUGUAUCUGCUUCCAUGAUUCUUAAUGAGUAGAUCAGCGAAGCGGCUUCUUCUGUAUCUGAACAGUCAGAGGAAGUUUUAAAGCAACUGUUCUACUUUCACAACUCACACUGGACCUUCAAAUACAAAACCCAUUACUAUUCAAAUGCGAGGCCCAUGUUUUUCUUUUUAUUAUAAUUAAUCCUCAGAUGUAUUCAAUGUAAAGUUAUUUGUGUCUAAACUUGUAUUCUACAUGGGUUAGCCCUAAACGGGUGUCUUAUUAUUUCAUUAUUUUGUACUGAAGCAGAACUGGCGCUUUGUAUUAUUUGAUCUAUGUGAACCCUUCGUUAACUUGCGUGAGAUACAUAGAUACAUUACCCGUGUAUGUGAAGCUAAAAGUAAUUAUUUGCUUUGAUCUGUUUUUAAUCCCUUUUUGUAAAAUGUUUUGGUUUCAUCUCAUCAGGAUGUUAUACAAAUAAAAUUAUUAAAAGAACAA